ACCUUAUUCGUAGUCAAUGAAUAAGUGACAUUAAUUUAUUUUUUAAACAAUAAAUCUAUAACAAAUUACAAUUUGUUAUAAUUUUUGAAAAAUGAAUGAUUAUUUAAUACGAUUAUAUUCAUACAUAACAAUGCUUGGAGGAGAAUUAAGCCUCCCUAAUCAUAUCAAUAGUUUUCAUGUUAUGAUAAUAUGUAAUAUUUGAGGGACUUUUGAAAAUGUUUUAUGUAUUUACUUCUUACUCUUGAUCUCCAACAAUGUGUUUAUUUAAAAAUGACGAAGGUAGAACAAAACAAUGCACAAUGAUUAUACCUGGAUUAUACAUUGGUAGUUUAAGGGAUUCCAAAGAUAUUAAUCAGUUGGAAAAAAAUAAAAUAACUCAUAUUCUAUCUAUUAUAGAAAACCCAAGGAAGUAUUAUCAUAAUAAAAAUUACAUGUUUGUAAAAGCUUAUGAUAGUCCAGAGCAAAAUCUAAUUCAAUAUUUCACUAUAUGCAACAAUUUUAUCCAUAAGGCUCGCUUAAAGGAUCAAAAUGUUUUAAUUCAUUGUUUAGCGGGGAUGUCAAGAAGUGUAACAAUCGUUGCAUCAUAUAUAAUGUCAGUCACAAAUAUUAAAUUAAAACACGCAAUUCGUUUAUUGAAAUUGUGUCGCCCAAUUGCAAGCCCCAAUGAAGGUUUUAACAAGCAACUACAGUAUUUCGAACUUUACUAUUUAUCAGAAGAAAGAGAUAGGCUGAAAUCUUUUAGUACUACAAAUAAACAAUUAAAAGCAGAUGAAGAAUAUUGUAAAAGGUUCAUUGAAGAUUUUCAAAAACAAUUUUAAACUUUUGUAUUAUAUAU